GAGAGAAUAUACACUCCCAAAAGACGCGGUAUUUAGCAUUAUUAAUUCAUCCCAAAAUAUAAAACCUUUGUUCUUCUCCUCCAAAACCCACCAUUUUUCAGAAAUUCAACGUUCAAUUCAUUCAAGUUUGCUACAAAUUAAUCAUCAUCUGAAUUUUUUUAUUGAUUUUAUCAUCUAGGUAUUUAAAUUCAUGCUGCAAAUUUACUCAUUUGAUUGAUUAAUGCGAUAGAAAAGAGGAAAAGAAGAGAGAGAAAAUGGGGUGUGUUUCCAGUAAAACAGCGGAUUCUAAAGCUAAUAGAGUUGCUCGAUGGCGUUCCACUGGCAUUGUUGCUCUUCGAGACUCCAAAUUAAAGACAUUUCCUGAUGAAGUUCUUACCCUUGACAGAGCUGUACGCACAGUGGACUUAACACACAACAAAAUAGUUGAUGUUCCAGUAGAAAUUAACAAAUUGAUCAACAUGCAGCGCCUGAUUUUGGCAGAAAAUCUUAUUGAAUGUCUUCCAAUGAACUUGGGGAAACUUCAGUCACUAAAAGUAAUGACACUUGACGGGAAUCGACUUUCUGGCUUGCCUGAUGAAUUGGGUCAACUGGUACGGCUUGAGCAGUUGUCAGUAUCUCGGAAUGUGUUGACAUACUUACCAGAGACUUUAGGGAGUCUUAGGAAUUUGAAGCUCUUAAAUGCAUCAAACAACCAAUUAAAAUAUCUUCCUGAAUCAAUUGGGAGUUGCUUUUCACUCGAGGAGCUUCAAGCAAAUGAUAAUUCCAUUGACGAUCUUCCUCCUUCAAUAUGUAAUCUCGUUCACCUGAAAUCACUCUCUCUGAACAACAACAAUGUGAAAGAGAUGCCUGCAACUAUACUCAGAGACUGCAAAAUUCUGCAGAGUAUUUCCUUGCACAACAAUCCCAUUUCCAUGGAUCAGUUCCAACAGAUGGAAGGUUACCAAGAAUUUGAGCAACGACGGAAAAAGAAGUUUGACAAACAAAUAGACUCGAAUGUGAUGAUAAAUUCAAAGGGUCUAGAUCAGGGUGUUGAUUCAUGAUUCCGUGUAUCCUGUACCAAUUUUGAUGAAAUCUUGGUUGUCAAACAAAGUUAAGCUGUGAACAUCUGAGGCAAAGAUGAACCCCUCAGAUUGUAAUUCUCCAGCUGAAUCUAUCCAGUCGUGUUCAGUCAUCUUGCUGCCCAUUUAAUUUCAGUCGCAAUGGUGAAAUGGCCUCUGUAUAUGAUAAUUUUUUUCGGGUAAUUUUGUUAUCUGGUCUCCCGAAGCUGGAAGCUUUAUAUUGUGCAGGUGUGUAUAUAGAGAAAGAGUUCCCUUGCAAAUUGUUACAUUGAACUUGCAACCACAGGAAGUUUGAUAUAUUGAGUUUACGAAUUGCUUGUUUUUCUAAGUGUUUAUAUAAGUACUAUUGGCUUUCUUUGCAUCUAUGACAGCAUCUUUCAAGCAUACUAUAUUACUUUCA